GGAUGAUACAGAGAGAAAUAGAAAGUGUGAGAGACACGCUGCCAGAGAAGGGAGGGAGGGUGGGCGAGGUGAGUAGGAAGGGCUAUUAGUUCCCCCGAGACGGAGCGAGUGAGAGUGGGAGAAGGAGAGGAGAGCGCAGAACAGCCAGAGAGCAGAACAGUGAUCUCUCUACUCCAGCCUGGAUCCUUACACACCCUGAGGACUUAACUACACCAUCUUACCUGUCACGCACAGCCAGAAACCGCCUCAGCGGCUUCAGGUCCUUUUCUUUCGCUCUCUCGUCCUCCUUCACUCUACCUGGGAGGGAGUGUUCCACCCGGCUAUCUAUGCUGACAGUGCUGUGGGGUAGAGGACGGAGACACACACACGCGACUACCUCAGAGAACAAGGACGACGAUUGAGGGAGGAAAAAUAAACGGAAGGAUGAUGUCAUCCCCUGAUUUGUCCCACUCUCCUACUCUGUGACAGAAAGAGAGAGAGAGAGCGCGCACCAAAUGCCACAUAGCUGAUGGCCCAGUGUUGUAAUAUAGUCUCCUCUCUCUCUCCAAAGCAGCUAAUGACCUUCCUCCCAGCCUGGUCUGACUUUGAAUAAGGUGCCACAGCACGGAGGUGAUCCUGCCUCACCCCAGUGGAAUUACAAAGUGUGAGGAGACGGAAACGCCAUUGACCUUUACUCUCCUCUCUGGAAGGUGAUGGAGGGGUGUUUCUGAAGGGUGUCGGAGGGAAUACGUACAGAAGGAAGAGGGGAGGACAGUUGAGUAUCAGCCAGGCACUGCUCUGCCUCUGUUAAGAUCCGAGGAGGACUACAGGUCAAAUAACAAAAGCUUGCCAAGCAGCUGCCUAAAAGAAACCAUUCAUUUAGUAAAACCACGUGGCUGGAUGCUACGAUGCACAUCCUCUCCCUGCCCACCGCGGACGACGAGUGCGUGUGUUCCUGCGUUUAAUGAAUCCUCGGCGCUUUCCCCAAACCGGAAUACAGUGUUUUUUUUAUUGGAUGUACGAGAGUAUAGGGCCGUCCUCUGUGAUCCAUCACUGUUGUAUAAAGCCUCUGGGUAAAGUAAAUGGAGAAAUGUUUUGAAGGUGGACUGGUCUUUCUCUCGUGGUGGAGCUGAGUUUGUAUCCGUGGAAAUAGAAAAGGAAGGAUCCAAAGAAAGGCAGUUUCAGUUGGCCCCGACUGCACUCAUCUGCAUCAUAACACUCCCAUUAUUUAGACAAAAGGCUGCACCAUCAGGAAUGAAAGUGCGCCAAGUGGAGAUUUACUGCAUUGGUAUUACUACUACUAUAAAAGCAUUGCUACUACAGAACUAUGGUUGGUUCUUGUGAUUUCCUGUCGGGGCCUCAGCAAGUCGGCUCCGGCUGGUUCAUGGACUCUUGAAGGGGAGACGGCACACGAGGGAGAGGAUAAUGCAUACCCCUCCUGUGCUGAUCUCAGAAGCCACCAUGAGCAACGUGACUGUCCUCGACACCUCGGAACCCUCUGACCUUGAUAUGACCCAGUCUGCUGCCCCCUACCCCGUCAGCUUCCAGGUGUCGCUGACAGGGUUCCUGCUGCUAGAGAUCGUGCUGGGCCUAAGCAGCAACCUGACAGUGCUGGUCCUUUACUGCAUGAAGCAGAACCUCAUCACCUCCGUGUCCAACAUCGUCACCAUGAAUCUGCACGUCCUAGACGUACUAGUUUGUGUGUCUUGCAUCCCUCUGACUGCCGUGGUAAUACUCCUCCCCCUAGAGGCUGAUACGGCGCUGGUCUGCUGCUUCCACGAGGCCUGUGUCUCCUUCGCUAGCGUAGCCACUGCCUCGAACGUGCUAGCCAUCACCGUCGACCGCUACGACAUCUCAGUGCGUCCAGCCAACCGCAUGCUAACCAUGGGCCGCGCCGUGGCUCUGCUGGGCUUGAUUUGGGCUAUGUCCUUCUUCAGUUUCCUGGUCCCCUUCAUGGAGGUGGGCUUCUUCAGCGAUUUUGGCUCGGAGUCUGUCAACCAGACUGCAGUCGCCUCUGUGGUCCAUACUAACGAGUACUACACAGAGCUGGGGCUGUAUUACCACCUCCUGGCUCAGAUCCCCAUCUUUUUCUUCACGGCCGUAGUCAUGCUGGUGACCUACUACAAGAUACUCCAGGCCCUGAACAUCCGCAUCGGGACCCGCUUCCAACACAACCAGCCCAAGAAGAAGCUCCGCAAGAAGAAGACCAUCUCCUUGACCACUGCAACGCAGGUGGAAUCUACAGAUGCGUCCCAGGGCAGCGGGGCGGUCAGAGGGGGCGGAAACCCACCUGCUGUCCUGUCCAUGCGGACCUCCGUCUCCGUCCUCAUGGCUCUGCGCAGGGCUGUUAAACGCCACCGGGAACGGCGGGAGAGGCAGAAACGCGUCUUCAGGAUGUCCCUACUCAUCAUCUCCACCUUCCUGCUCUGCUGGACGCCCAUCACAGUCCUCAACACGGUCAUCCUCAGCGCAGGGCCCUCAGACUUCACGGUCAAGUUGCGGUUGGGUUUCCUGGUCAUGGCCUACGGGACGACCAUCUUUCACCCACUGCUCUACGCCUUCACCAGGCAAAAGUUCCAGAAGGUGUUGAAGAGCAAGAUGAAGAAGAGGGUGGUGUCUGUGGUGGAGGCUGAGCCCAUGCCCAACAACGUGGUCAUUCACAACUCCUGGAUCGACCCCAAGAGGAACAACAAGAAAGUCACCUUCGAGGAGACUGAGGUCAGGCAGAAGUGUCUAUCUUCCCAGGACCUGGAACAGAACAACAUCGUCUGUCAACCAUGAUAAGGCGGCAGGGUAGCCUAGUGGUGAGAGCGUUGGACUAGUAACUGGAAGUUGCAAGUUCAAAUCCCCGAGCUGACAAGGUACAAAUCUGUCGUUCUGCCCCUGAACAGGCAGUUAACCCACUGUUCCUAGGCCGUCAUUGAAAAUAACAAUUUGUUCUUAACUGACAUGCCUAGUUAAAUAAAAUGAAAAAAAAAAAAUGAAAAAAAAAGGAGAUCGUGAAGAUCGGCUUGGAGGCACUUGUUAGGCCGACAGAGGUCAACAGAGGUGGCAGAGUGGGAUAAUGGGUGUCCAUCUUCAGAGAAAGUGGACUUAAGACAAUUUCUGAGAAGCCAUUGAAUAUCUGCAUGGCUCGAGGGAGUUGGUAGACAUGCGUCUGAGCCAAGGUCAAGAUAGAACAGCUUCUGUUCAGAAGAUGUAGAAUAAGACAAUGUGGAUUAUGAGGACGUGAAAUAAGAAUGAAAUGGAAUAAGCAACGGACACUCAUACAAGGUGACAAAACAUUAUCAGGAACCAACUCAUUUAAAAAACGGGAAACCACUAAUGUAAAUGAAAGUGUUUUACCUGUAUAGUUACCCUAAAGGGGAUCAUGUGUUACUAUUUAUUGUAAGAGGUUGAUGUGGCGUCAAGGACAAUUUAAACUAAAUACCGUACUGCAUGGUGUUGUUAUAAAACGUGACAUAAUUAUUGUGUAUAGUCAUGUACAGUGUAUAGAAUAAAUAUAUGUUUACAACACACAAAAGGAAAGAUUCACCCAUUUUGAAUAUUAUUUGAAAUUUGUGCAUCUCUGAGCUAUGAGCAAAAUGCAUCAUACCAGCUGUGUUUCUGCCUGCUUGAAUGGCUAAUAGCUCAGAGAAACAGGAAAACAUGAAAUGACCCCUGGACUCGAUAGAACCCAGCUCAGAGAUAGACAAAUAUGAUAGAACAUUUAAAAUGGGUGACUCUUUCCGUUAAGCCCUAAGUAUUUGUCGUUUUAUAAUAAAUAACGUGAAAAAAGUUUAGAGGGGAUUCUACUGGGUAUUCUGGUUAAAUGGUCUUCUGUCACAUAUACUGCACUUUAUUACGCUUUCGUAAACUUGUCGACUUAGGCACUGAGGACAUCUAGCCAGUGUAAAGCCACAAAUACUUACAUGUGAAAUUCCACUUCCCAUUUCCUGUCCUCUGAGAGUAUCUUUCCAUGUGCCUGUUAUAUGUGUGAUUUAGUGUAAGAUGGGGGGAUAGAAAGACGCCAGCAGCACUUUGCAACCUCAGCGAGAGUCUGCAAUCUGAAAACUAAUCACAGCAUUACUAAGACGUGACCUUGUGAUUUCAACACAUAAUCAGCGCCUGUAGCCUAACCAUCCUGAGGUGACUCCAGCUGCUCUACCGGCCAUAACACAGCUGUUAUGUUGCUUCUCUUAUUAUCUAGCCAUCUAGCCACAGGUCGGGGUGAAGAGAACAACAUGGCUGCCAUAACUGGAGCCUGCUUCUUUUCAUAAUCACACUGAUGCCAACUGGCAAAUCAAUCUGUAUUUUCUGGUUGGAGUUGGAGGACACUGAGUGAGUGAGUGAGUGAGUGAGUGAGGGAGGACUCGGACCUACUGCGGGCCAUAGCGCUUAGCAAGGA